AUGGCGGAGUGUGAUAUACCACCAAACUGUGCCAUGGGGGAGCGUGCUAUACCAUCAAACACUGUACCAUGGGAGAGUGUGAUAAUCCAGACUGCAAGGAAUACCGCCUCAUAUCCCACUUCUCGUCUUUAUGACCAUUUGAAGCACCUAUCAAGGCAGUUCAAUGUUGACUUUGAAGGUUAUUGA